AUGAUACAAGCUUGUAAUGUGUAAGUUUUUUUACUACAGUAUCAUAUAACGCAUGAUUUCUAUAUCCUUACCUUUUUGUCAUAUUAUAUGUAAUAUUUUUACAAAGAUGCCAUUAUAUAUUUAACCUUUUCUCAAUUGACCAACUCUAAACCAACGAUAUUUACAUAGAGAAAAGGUUGAUUAGAUAAGAGUAUUGUUUUUCGGUUAUUAUCAUCAGUCCGAUCUUACUUUUGUCACCAACACAAGGCCUUUUCAGUCGAAUGCUCUCAGCUCUGCGCCCGUCCACAAAGUUUUGUCAGCAAUUCAGAAUGGCUUCGUUGUUGAUUCAAGAUCCAAAAUACUCAUUUUUGAAGGAAUUGGGUCUUCAGGAAGAGAAUUCUGGAGUUUUCGACGGAAAAUGGAAGAAAGGGAAUGGCAGAGUGGUCGAGUCUUUGAGGUGGGUCCCGAGUGUAAUAUAAAUUUUGUAUUUUACUGUAACAAAAGCCUUUAGAAUAAUUUAAACAAGAUGUUUUACAAUGAUAAAUCACAAUAUAUUAUAUCUUUUAAUUAAAUAAAGCUCAAAUUUUUUAAAAAUUUUAAGAAACAAUUAAAUUUUAGUCCAGCCAAUAACAAACCAAUAGCCAAAGUCCAAUUUGGAAACGUGAAAGACUAUGAAAGUGUCAGCACAGCCACAAAAUCCGCUUGGAAAGAAUGGGCUGGACUACCCGCACCACAAAGAGGAGAAAUAGUGCGCCAAAUUGGAGACAAACUGAGAAGUCAGAUCAACAAUCUUGGCAAAUUGGUAUUUUAACUUACUGUUGCUUUUAGCCAUUAUAUGUCUAUGUAAUUUAUAAAUGGCAGUAACAUACUUACAUUAUAAAAACGAUAGUAACUUACUCACAUUAUAAUCUCCACUUUUUUUAGGUAUCUCUGGAAAUGGGCAAGAUCCUUCCAGAAGGUGUAGGUGAAGUCCAAGAAUACGUUGACAUCUGCGACUACGCUGUCGGUCUAUCUCGUAUGUUCGCUGGCAAAGUGUUACCAUCAGAAAGACCAAAACACAAGCUUCUGGAAGAAUGGAACCCCUUGGGCGUGGUGGGUGUCAUCUCUGCCUUCAACUUCCCUUGUGCCGUUUAUGGAUGGAACAAUGCGUUGGCUCUGGCUUGUGGAGAUACUGUAUUGUGGAAGCCUGCUCCAACAACUCCAUUGACUUCGAUCGCCAUGAUCAAGUUGAUCGAGGAAGUGUUUGUCAAGAACAAUAUGAAUCCAGCCAUUUGCACAUUGAUUUGUGGAGAUGCUGACGUUGGAGAAGCGCUGAGCAAGGAUAAGAAGGUCAACUUGGUGUCUUUCACUGGUAGUACGGCGGUCGGAAAGACUGUCGGUGAAACUGUGCAAAGCAGGUUUGGAAAGGUGUGUAUUGUCAUAUUGAUCUAUGCUAAGCUUUUAAAACUGCAUAAAAACUUGUGUUUCCUAUGAUAAAAAUAUCUUACAGUUCAUUACAAGUAUAACUAUAGCAAAUUUAGAUUGUAAAGACUAAAAAAAUCUCAUUUUAGAGUCUCCUAGAGCUCGGUGGAAACAAUGCUCUAAUUGUAAUGGACGAUGCCGACCUGGACAUGGUAGUACCAGCUACAGUGUUCGCUUGUGUAGGUACAGCUGGCCAACGUUGUACCACAACUCGUCGUUUAAUUGUCCAUGAGAAAGUUUACGACGAAGUAGUGAAGCGCAUGGUAAAAGCUUACCAACAACUUGAUAGUCGUAUUGGUGACCCACUAGAAGGAAAGACCCUGAUUGGUCCUCUUCAUGUUCCAGAAUCAGUCAAAAAGUAUCAAAAAACCAUCGAAGACGCCCAGAAACAAGGUGGUAAACUGGCAUAUGGAGGACAGGUGUUGAACAAGGAAGGUAACUAUGUUCAGCCAACUAUUGUCACUGGCCUUCAACAUGAUGCUGAAGUUGUACUGAGAGAAACCUUUGCUCCAAUUGUAUAUGUGCUGAAGGUAAAGAACCUGGAUGAAGCUAUUGAUGUUAACAAUGAAGCUGCUCAGGGAUUGUCUUCAAGUUUGUUCACCAAUGAUCCUGGAAACAUCCACAAAUGGAUUGGGUAGGUAUUAUAUUAGAAAGCGAACAUACCUUGAUAUAUUGAAUAGUUUUUAUAAAGUUAUUGUACCCAAAACAACAUAAAUAGCUUUUUUUUAAUAAAAAAAAACGUUUGUAUUUUUCAAUUUUCAACUUCAAAAAAUUAAAAUUUCAGCCCCCACGGAUCAGAUUGCGGUAUCGUCAACGUUAACAUCCCAACUUCUGGCGCUGAAAUCGGCGGAGCUUUCGGCGGAGAAAAAGAGACCGGCGGAGGCCGUGAAAGUGGAUCAGAUGCUUGGAAACAAUAUAUGAGACGCUCCACCUGCACCAUCAACUUUGGCAAAACUCUGCCUCUGGCUCAAGGCAUCAAAUUCGAAUAA